AUGCCAGUUCCGCUGGCGCUGGCGGCCCCAGCUGCCGUUGCAGGCCUAGCAUACCUCAAUGCCAAAACAUCCUUCACCUACGAUUGUCGCACUAUUGGCAGCGCCUUCAAAGCCCGUUUCUCCACCGUCAUCAAGGAAAAGAAGGAUCGCCUGAAUCUCUUCUAUACUCUGGAGGAGCAUGCCCAAGGAAAGCAUGCAGAUGAGGUCUUCCUCAUCUUCAACCGACGGUCAUGGACCUACAAGGAGACCUAUGAGACAGUCUUGAAAUAUGGGACCUGGCUCAAGACAAAACACAACGUCCAACCCAAGCAGAUUGUGGCCAUUGAUUUCAUGAAUUCGGACAAGUUUAUUUUCAUCUGGUUUGGAUUGUGGAGUAUUGGUGCAAAGCCGGCUUUUAUCAAUUACAGCCUUACUGGAAAGGCGCUGGAGCACUGCAUUCGAGUAUCCACGGCACGCCUGAUCCUCAUCGACCCCCAGAUCGAGAAGAACGUCACUCAAGAAGUCCGCAACGACCUGCCCGAUGUAGAAUUCGAGCUCUUCUCCCCGGAGCUGGAGGCAGAGGUCAUGUCCCUGGUAGGUGUUCGGGAACCCGAUUCAGCACGUUCUGAAGACAAGGCACGAAACAUGGCCAAGCUCGUCUUCACGAGCGGUACUACUGGGCUUCCAAAGCCAGCAAUCGUUAGCUGGGACAAGGCCAAUACUGGAGCAGCGAUGGUCCCGAGCUGGAUGUCAUAUGGCAGGCCAGAUGUGUUCUACACUUGCAUGCCCCUCUAUCACACGUCUGCUGCUCUUCUUUGCGUCCUUUCGGUUCUCCAUUGCGGGGCAACAGUUGCUCUCGGAAGGCAAUUCUCUAAAAAGACCUUCUGGGCCGAUUGCCGUGAUUCGAAAGCUACAAUAAUCCAGUAUGUCGGCGAGACCUGUCGAUAUCUUCUGACUGCUCCCCCUCAAGUGGAUCCCACGACUGGCGAGAACCUCGACAAAAAGCAUUCCGUGCGCAUGGCCUUCGGUAACGGUCUCCGGCCAGACAUAUGGAACCGCUUCAAGGAGCGAUUCGGGAUCGAAACCAUAGCCGAGUUCUAUGCGGCCACGGAAGGUUCAUCCAGCUCCUGGAAUUACUCCCGGAACGAUUUCUCCAAAGGCGCCAUUGGGCGAAACGGGUUUCUCGGCUGGUUGUUCCUGAGAAAUUCGUGGCAUAUCGUUGAGCUGGACUGGGAAACCGAGACACCGUGGCGCGACCCGAAGACUGGUUUCUGCAAGAAGGUGAAGACGGGAGAGCCGGGCGAGAUGCUGUUCAAGCUGGAUGAGAAGGACAUCGGGAGCAAGUUUCAAGGAUACUUUAACAAUACCAAGUCGACCGAAGGGAAGGUUAUCAGAAACGUCUUCGUCAAAGGGGAUGCCUAUUUCCGAACGGGCGACGUGAUAUCCUGGGACGCCGAGGGCCGUCUUUACUUCAACGACCGGAUCGGCGAUACCUUCAGAUGGAAGAGCGAGAACGUCUCAACCAGCGAGGUUUCCGAGGCGCUCAGCGGCCACCCCGCUGUCCACGAGGCCAACGUCUACGGCGUGCAGCUGCCCAACCACGACGGGCGCGCCGGCUGUGUUGCGCUCGUCCUGGCCGAGGAGCCUAGUGAGAAGCUCCUCUCCUCGUUAGCUGCGCACGCCCUCGCUACGCUUCCCCGAUUCGCCGUCCCGCUGUUCGUGCGCCUGACAAAGGAGAUGCAGACGACGGGCACCAACAAGCAGCAGAAGCACGUGUUGAGAUCCCAGGGGGUAGACCCUUCGAAGACGGGAGAUGACGAGGUGUUCUGGUUGAAGGGUAACGCGUAUGUCAGGUUCGGACCCAAGGAUUGGGAAAUGUUAAGGGCCGGGGAUGUGAGGUUGUAA